CGUUCAUUCUGCCACAACAAUUUAUAAAAUCACUUCCAGAACUUCACCAUUCUUGUCUCUCCUGCACCGAAACCACCAUGCCUCCACAUCAAAGGCACGAGCUACCAUCUCCGCCACUACUUCCGGAGGACACCAUCAAGCGGAUCCAGAUAAGAGAUGGAUCACUCAUCACAGCGGAGUGCUCUGGAACGAGGAAGAUUUCACUGAGACUUUUAUCUCCCCCUAUGCUCCAGAUCUUCGAGUUCUGGAACCUCCGACAUUCCCUCCUCGUACAUAUCGGUACCUACACAUCUCGAAUCAGCACAAGCGCUCGAAUUCAUAGGCUUCACUGCUGAACGGGCGGCUUCACUCUACGCAACCUGGAGCACGGAACCAGAAGAUUACAGAGAGUACAAAGAAUUUGGCACGUAUGCUCUAUAGUAUGCUUCAGCAGAUGGCAAGGAUGCGCAGGAUGGAAGUGAUGAUUGGGCAGCAAUUAUGGACGCAGCAGGAAUUAAGCCCAGUAUGCGCGAUGCUAUUAUGGAUCCGCAACACAACCUUAUCCGGCUUACUCAACCCUUGUCUGGAUGGCUAUUCGAAAUCCUCGACAUAUACUUCCGCUAUCUUAAGACUAAUCAAGGGAGUCUUACAACACUCGAGCCGUCUGAGCCGUCUGAGCCGCCUAAACUACAACUUCGAGGUGGUGCAGGUGAGAACAGUGCGCCACCAGUACCAGCUAAACAUGUUGCGCUCUAUAGGAGCACAGAGCUUUCGUAUGUCGAAAGGUGUGUUGCAGAAGAUGGUACAAUAAGAGGGUUUCUAGACAUGCAGCCCCAUUAUCGAUCUGAUUUUGCAAAACGUGGCGGACUUUACAUUGGGUGUGAUUAUUGGACCGCGAAAUAUCAUGCGACUUGACGGUAGAACGAAUGAAUUGAACAGCUGGUAACACGGUUGAAAAGGGGGCGAUGAACCUUUGAAUACAUUCUGGCAACUUUUUGAGGUAGUCCGCGAUGA